AUGACAAGAUUCUGCAAUGUUUUGGAUCGGUUUUUGGACGGCUACUUGUGUCUGAUUUUGAUGGCGCGCGUGACGCAGGCUGUUCCUCGCUGCCAUGGCGGAUCCCCGGGUUUUGUCUCUGGUUCGAGUAGAGAGAGAAACCCAGGAACUGGGUCGGGGUUUCGUACGCAAGCUUCCUCAUUGAAACCCGGGUCGAAGCCCUCCCCUCCCCCGCUCGACGGUGGGCGCCACGCAGCCCCAGAUUCCCGCCAUCCUCUUGCCGCACUGGGUUACUACGAAAACUUUUCCUUCAUCGCCCGUAUGUAUAGUGGAAUCGCGGGAGGGAAGUACGCGGGUGUACAUGUAUGUGAAAGGGAAGCAGGGACGUUGGGGGAAAACCGCCUGCAGUUUUUUCGUGGCCAUUUCCACAAACGCGCGCCAGUUUUGUCGUCGCAGCAGCUUAUGACCGCGCUGCUUGGCAGGAUUGCGUCAUGCAAUUCCGCCACGUUCUCCCCGGUGUUUUUUGGCACGAAGAAAUCAAUUCUGCAGUGCAGUGCGCGCUUCUUGCCCGGGCGUGUUUCAGACUCGGGAUGUUUCGUCGUCAUCUCGGAGGACAAUUCCUGUGCGGCGGCGAGAAAAAAGGCCUUGGACCCGUCCCAAGAGCGAAGCGAAUACGAUAACAAAUUGAAGACGGCAGCGAAUUAUACAAAUGCUCGUAUAUGUGUCUUCGACUUGUUGUCGCAAUUCCAGGAAGGCAAACUACUUCGCGCGCAGUUCCACUCGCAGACCUCCGCUGGCCGUUGCCAGCUAUAA